AUGGAGGAGCUGCUCAACCAUGUUCCAACUCUUAUUUCAGAUGAGGAGAAUAAAAUGCUGGUGGCUGUCCCUGACGCGGAGGAGGUAAAAACUGCGGUUUUUGAGAUGGAUCCGGCUAGCGCCCCUGGACCAGAUGGGUUCCCAGGGGUGAAUAAUAAUUUUAUCACUUUGAUCCCUAAAGUGGAGAAUGCUAGGCAGGUAGGGCAUUAUCUCCCAAUCUGUCUUGGCAAUUUUUUCUUUAAGAUUAUUCCUAAGAUAAUGGCAACCCGGCUUUCCUUGCUACUUCCUAAGUUAAUUUCUGAAGAACAUGGGGCGUUCCAACAGGGGAAAGUAAUCACCUCAAGUAUAGGAGUGGCUUCUGAGCUGACAAAUAUGAUGGCUUCCAAAUGCUGUGGGGGAACAUUGGGGAUGAAACUAGAUGUACAGAAGGUGUAUGAUACGCUGGAAUGGAAGUUCUUGUUUGAUGUGUUGGGCAAGAUUGGUUUUUCUCACUCCUGGAUUGGCUGGAUCAAGGAGAUGAUGAGGUCUAAAAAAAUGUCGGUCUUAACUAAUGGUGGUCCGGUUGGGUACUUUGGGGUGGAGAGAGGCUUAAAGCAUGGUGAUCCCUUAACCCCUUUCCUUUUUAUAUUGGCUGAAGAGGUCCUUUGUCAUGGUUUAACUGAUUUGAGGAUGAGGGGGGUUAAGAUGUUUCUGGAUUGCUACCAAGCUUAUUCUGGGCUGAAAAUUAACCUUGAGAAAAGCAAGGGUUUUUGUUGGGGCUAUGUCAGAUCUGAGAAGAGGCAGGGUGGAAAGGUAGACUUCUAUCUAUGGUGGGAAGGGUGGAAUUUGGUGAGAUCUGUGAUGUGUGGCAUUCCUGUGCACAAUUUCUCGGUGUACGUAUGGCCGGCUUCGACUGUGGAGUUGAUGGAACGGUGGAUCCGGAAUUUCAUUUGGAGUGGGGACGCAAAUAAGUCGAAGUCUAUCACAGUUAGGUGGAACAAGCUGUGUAAGCCUAAGUGUGAGGGAGGACUGGGGGUGAGAAGGCUUAAGGAGAUAAAUCUAGCGCUGCUAGCAAAGUUGGCAUGGUUUAUUAAGUGUGAUAAUUCCAGAUUUGUAGAAUUCUUGAGGGGGAGGCUGCUUAAGGUGGAUGGGUCUUUAAAGAAGGGGGUGAAAUCUUCUAUUCUCCCUGAUAUUAAAAAGGUGUGGGAGAUGGUAGGGGAUAACGAAAGAUGGAUAAUUGGAAACGGAAAGAAUAUAAGUUUCUGGUUCGAUCGGUGGGUGAAUGGGCAGCGUAUAUAUGAUACCAUAGCGCCUUAUGUCACAAAUCUAAGGUUGUUGCAAGACAAGGUUGCGGAUUAUAUUGGUGAUGGCGAGUGGUGUUUACCAGUCCCUAGAGCUCCGGAGCUGCAGGAGAGAUGCAAUCAGAUUUUGCAGAUAAAGCUCCUAACUACUGUGUACGAUGAUAAAAGGGUGUGGGCCUUGACGGACUCUGGUGUAUUUUCGGUUAAGUCUGCAUGGGAGAGGAUGAGAGUUCAUGAACCUCAGUGUAGAUGGUCGAGGCUGGUCUGGCAAGGAGGAUUAGCGCCAAGAGCUUCGGUUUUUGGCUGGAGGUUAAUGCACCAAAGCCUCCCAACUGAUGAGAACGCUACAAAGCAUGCUGUUUAUGGGGCAUCAAGGUGUGAUAUGUGUUAUAGGAGCAUGGAGUCCAGCCAUCAUAUUUUUAUUGAAUGUGAGUUUGCAAACAGGGUUUGCGGUGCAGUACUGUCUAUGUUUGAUCUAAGAUGGAUUGAAGAGCUGUUUUAA